ACCUCUCCAAAACGUUGUCCAAAAAUAAACAAACAAGAGAAACAUUCAAAGUAUUUAUUGAAAAUUAAGAGCAAUUAAAAUGCAGCAAGAUAAUAAAAAGUGAUUGUAUAAUGAACCUUCAAUCUCUCUUUCAAGAUUUUAACGUGAGUCGAUUUGUUGUCUACUCGUCGUUACUUGCAUUUGUGAUUCUAUUGGCCCUUAAAUUAGAUGAUAUCAUUGAUGUACAAUGGGUGACGGUAUUCAUCCCGUUAUGGAUAUGGAAAGGUCUUGUGAUAACUGGGAGUUUCAUUGGAAGCAUCGUUUUCCUUAAAAAUCCUCAAUAUCGUAUGGAAAAUGAUUCUUACAUCCAGUUUAAAUCAAUGCUGAUUUCUUUAUCAUUACAUCUGAUACUAUUGAUGUUUGAGUUUCUGGUUGUGGACCGAUUGUCGAACGAUAACCAUCACCUUUGGAUUUUGGUGUUUAUUCCAUUAAUAGUGUCAUCGAUCGUCAGCGUAUUCUUUUGUAUAUGGGCGAUUAAACAACAGAAUGAAAGAAGUUUCGAACUUGAAUUGUUCUUAUCUGUAAAUGCGCUUCAAUUUGUUUUCAUACCUUUAAAACUUGAUGGAUUCUUAACGUGGAGUUGGGAAAUAAUUUUCGUUCCUAUCUGGAUAAUUUUAUGCCUCUCCUUGGUUAUGAUGUUGUAUAGUUUGAUAUUCUGCAGUAUCUUAAUAAGAACACCCGAAAUGUCUCUUGCUCAAAGAAAAAGUGCGAUAAACAGUGCGAUUUCAAAUAUUCUAGUGUUGCCAGUUUUGGUUUUUCAAAUUCUUUUAGCUGAUAAGCUCGAUAAUGAUAAUGGCUUGCCUUACACGAUCAUCGGAAUACCUUUGAUGGUGACUCUAUUUUCGCUCGUCUUACUGAGUUUUUGCUCGAAGGGAUCAAGCAAUAAAUUCUGGUUUGGUAUGCGAAAGAGUAAUUUUCUUUUAAACGCGUUAGGUGAAUAUGGAAAUAUCAACAUUUCUUAUCGAAAUCGUAAUCAGAGUGUUGAAAGCGGCCAAAACUUAGAAAUUCAAGUUCAAAAUCUGGAAGAGAAAAUUCAUAAGAAAAAUCUUCCAAUCAUGCCUCACUUUGCUAUCGACACGCCAGAUUAGCUUUGUAAUCAAAAGUGACUAAUAAAAAUCCCUUCAAAUAUUGAAAACGGGAUGAAAAAAUUGAAAGAAAUAAAUUGUAAUCCUAAAUUUUAAGAAAUAAACUUGAUUAUUUUUGUAAUUUCAUCGGAAAAAAAUUAAAA